AUGUCCGACAGCAUAAAUCUUUUCUGCUUAAAUCAAGGCGAAUCUACAGAAAAACUCUUUGUAGUAGAUAUAGAAAAGGACAAAACUGUUGCUCAUCUCAGGAAAGCAAUAAAAAAAGAAAAGGAAAUAUUUUAUAGAAAUAUUGACGCCAAUGAUCUCGUGAUAUGGAAGGUUAAUAUUCCUGUCAAUGAUGGCGAUAUGCAAACAAAUUUUGCGCUCGAGAAUAAUAAAGAGAAAGGCGUUCAAAAAUUAGACUGCCCUGUGAAUAAAAUUAGUGAUAUUUUUACAGAAACACCUGCUACCGAUCAUAUUCACAUCAUCAUUGAAAUGGUAUCUCCUCAAGGAAACAUGGCGAAAAAGUAUGGAGAAGCAAUGGAAAAAUUAUACAAAGCUUUAGAAGAUGGUAUUGAGAAUGUUGAAGAUUUGGUCAAUGAUGUAGAAAAAUACCGUAAACUUGCAUGUUAUGAGGAAGCCCUUGCUGAAGACAACGAUUUAUCGCAAAUUUAUAAUAAUGAAGAAUCUUUUGUUAAAAGUGGCGAUUUUUCACCAAUUUAUGACGAUAAUAAUGAGGAAACACUUGCUAAAGAUGUUGCUUUUUCAACAAGUUAUGAUGAUCACUACAGAAAAAAUGUCAAUAGUGUCAAUUUAUUAGAUCAAUCAACUGAAACAAGUCAUUUACAAUUAGCAAUGGAAGACACAAAAAGGGCACAAGAACUUGACCCCGAAAAUAAACUUUUAGAAGAAAAUUUCGCAGUGACGCAAAAAAAAAUUAAUGAAUCUAAUGAUGAUUCUAUAAAAGCUCAGGAAAUUAAAAAUUUAACCUCAGAUACCGCCAUAUGGACCGAUCUGAAGCAUAUGGGAACAUUUAAAUAA